UAGAAAAUUUCAAUGUUAAAAUGAUUGGCAAGAUGGCGCCCAUCAAAUACCCAGUGUGCCCCGCGCGAUUGAUUUGCGCAUGUCAGUUAUUCGCAUUGCAAAUGGCGGCUCCUUGUUAUUGUUCAUGGCGUUUUAUGACUUGUCCCUUUAUAUUACCGAUUAUGUCGAGUUUUUUCGUGAUUCCUACCGCGCGCUGUGUGCAGAAAGUGAAGUAAGACUUGUCCGGCAUAUUUUCGAUUAAAAUUAGUGCUCCUGUGGUGUGGCUCCGUGCAUUUUGGACGCGAGAAAUCCCGCACGAAGUUGCAAAGAAAUGGGGUAACGUUAAAAUUUUCUUGUGUUCAUACGGUAUGAAAUCGUUCUGUGCAAAGACUGAAGUGAGGCUAGUUGAUUACCAUGAUCUUCGUUAUUGAAUUUUAAGUUUAUUAUGAAACAAUAAGCAUAUUUAUUAGUGCUGGCGUUGUUUGGAGUUGUCGGUUUAAAACCGACAGACAAACAUCUUAUCACCACAUACUGUAGUGAUACCCUGAGGCGUUUGUAACCUCUCUGGGUAGUUAUGUGAUUUGUGGUUGUCAUGGCGGCUGAUAGCGAUGGUGAUCUGAUUCAAACGGUGGUAACGUGUGAGGGUAACCUAGAAGAUCCUGAGUUUCCACAUAAGUUUAAAACCAUUAUUGAUCGUCUUAAAUCUUUGCUUUGCAAAGAAAAAGGUGAUGGUUUAAGAGUAAAUAAAGUAGAGCCAUGGAAUUCUGUCAGAGUCACAUUCUCAAUACCCAGAGAAGCUGCAUUACGUCUUCGAGAAUUAGCAGCUCAGGGUUCUCCAGCUCUUACACAACUUGGAAUUCUUUCAGUGCAGGUUGAAGGAGAUCAGGUAAUAUCAUUAAGGAUAGCCAACCGCUUUAGCGGAGAGGCACAGGAAAUUGUAUUACGUUCAGGAUCCUCACAGGAAAGUGGUGCCAAAUCACAAAAUGAAUCCACUAGCAGUACAGCUAAUGCUGAUAAUGACACUCCAACAGCUUUACCUGGUCCAAGUAAUACAUCUAGUAUUUCUUCAGCAUUGCGUAAUGUGGCUCAAAUAAUAGCAGCUGGUACAUCAUCCGAAAAAACACCACAGUUUCGUUCACCGAAUGUAGUUGCACCUACAGACUGUGAUCCUAUCCCACCAUUUCUUGCAAAAUCUGUACAGUCAGCAUCAGGAAGUAAUAGUGUUGGUGUAUCUGGAAAUCAACCAGUUACUAAUCCCAGUGCUUCACCUAGGAGUAAUUAUAAUGGUCCAUUCCCAUUUGCCAGUAUGACACAUGCUGCCCAAGCAAUACAUAGUCGCGAAUCACAAGCAACAAUUAAAAAUGCAAUGCAGUUUAAACAUCAUGUACAGCCACCUCCGCCUUAUCCUGCUCAAGAGAAUUUGGCGACAGUAACAACAUUAACUACUGGUCAUACUACCACUCAGUCAGUUGUGUCAGUUGGUCAGUUGACAAAUCAGUACAAGUCUUCGAUUACCACUACAUCUAGUCUGUCACCAAACAAUAAUAAUCUGGCAGGGAAUUCGAAUGGUAAUGGAAAUCAAGUUGCUUUGUCCAGUCCGCUUCUUGUAAAUCUUUUACAAAACGAUGCUGGCUCGCACCCUAACAAUGUGAUACCUGGUCAGAAAAUGUUACCACCAGCUGUUAUCGAUAGUUCUGGAAUUACUAAUCGUAUGAGACCUACGAAGAAGCCAACAGUUAGAAGAAAAGAUUUAUCCUCGCCUAGUGAAUCACCACCAAAUUUAGAUUCACUUAGGACAGAAGAUCUUAUCGGAGGAACAGCAGUCGUAUCUGAUUUAUCUCAAUCUUCUGCAUCUGCAUUUGCAACCGUUAACGCUAAUCAGCCUUCAACUAUUCCCCAACAACAUUCGGUCAACGUGAUUGGUAGCACUGGGCAAAAUAUGACGCAACAAGUAAUGCAUCAAACUUCUACUAGCGGACAAAUGCAACAACCUGCUUCGUCAUUGCAUGCUCAAGUACAAAUUCAACAAAAGUUUCCCAUUAGGCAAGAAUUGGCUUACAGACCUUCACAGAUACAAUUACAAGGUCAACUUCCAAUUAGACAUCCAGUGAAUGGACAGCAAAUUCGAACACCUUUGCAGCAACGGCAAUUACUCCUUCAACAGCAACAACAACAUCAAAUUUUGACGCAACAGCAACAAUUGAAUCAACAGCAAAAUAUAAAUACUCCGCAUUUGCUUACGCAACAGACAUCAACGCAACAACAAUCAUUGGUACAACAACAAACUGUAAAUGCAUCGUUGCAACCUACAUCCGUUCCCAAUCAACCACUUUUACAACAACAACAACAACAACAACAGCAGCAGCAGCAGCAGCAGCAACAACAACAACAACAACUGAUGCAACAUUCAACAGUGAGCAUGAGUAGUAUUCCACAACAACGGCUAAGUUACUUAACUAAUCAACGUCAACAAACUCCUCCUCCUUAUUCGCGACAACCGGUUCCAUCACAGUCCCAUUUAGGACAACAGAAUCAAGGAUUAAACGUGCAACAACAAUUACAUCAUAAUCAGCUGAAAAAUAUAAACGUUAACACUAGUGCAACGGCUGAUUUCCGUUACGGGCAGAGUCAAAAUAUUCUUAGUAGAAAUUACCAGCCAACAACCAGUAAUAGUAAUGGGACCACGUGGACCGCACAAAAUAAUUCUAUUCCACAAGGUGCUCAAGUCAAUACAACACGUCUGCCAACUACAAAUCAGGUUUCAGGUGCCUUUUCUCAAUGUGGAUCUCACACCAAUCAUGUUUCUAAUAGUAACGCAGCUUUGCCUACCGCUAAGGUUGAAACCUCUGAAUCUCCUAAACCUAAAGAAGAGACACCUGAACCGGAAUACACGUCGACUGGCAAAAUACGACAGUUUCUUAUCAACCCUUUAACCGGCCAUUUGGAACCAAUGCCCAGCGAGAGUUCAGAUUCGGAACCGGAAAGUGCGGUAGAUAACCCGGAUGAUUUCUUUUCCUUUCCAUCCCCAUCAAACGAUCGAUCAAAUUCGAUAUUUUCGGACGACGAUGCAGACAGCAAUUUCUCAAGAAGAAACGACACAACAACAAAUACAGAUCAAUCAGAUUCUGAAACGACGGUAAAAUCUACUGCCAGUGAGGGAAGUUUGAAGCAUAGUAGAAUAAAAUCGAGUAGGGAAACCGCACAGAGCCCUAUGCCUGGAGAGAAAAUCAAACUAAGAUUAAAAUUAGAGAAAUCUGAACCUGUUACUCCGGCGUAUAAGGUUGACGUUUCUUUUGUAAACACACCACCGAUUAGGAAAGCCGAUAAAUCAGUAAAUAAAAUGUUUACCACUGGUAUUCCAAACUCGGGAACCGGCGAUGAACCGAGAGUGCCUCCGUUACAUAUUUCCUUAAGAGGACGUAAUGCUUCAGUAGUACAAAUCCGAAAGAAAGAAAAGAAAUCAUUAAAGGAUGGAGAAUUGGAUCCGACUAGUAUAAAAAGGAGAGGAAAAUUAAAAAAAAUGAAAGAGUGCAUAGAUGGGAACAAAUUGUUGCAAAAAAAAUCGUCCUUGAGCAUGAUAAUAGGUACUUCAUCCGCAUCGAAACUACCUUUAUCCAAUUCCACGAUGAUCAAUAGUACCAAUACUAUCAGUAAAGUUAAUAAUAUACUUCAAACAGUUGUAUCAAAACCUAAUGCCUUAAAACAAGAAUUACCGAUCGAUGUUGUACACGUUCAAAGUGGCAUUACAAAACCAAGUUCAAGUAAAAGCAGUGAUGUUGACGAUAUACCGUUGAAUAGUAGAAUUCCAUCUCCUUCGAAACAUAAAUCUACUGUUCUGAAUCAACCUUUGAACACGCAACAGUCCUUAACGAAAAGUCAAGUUGAAUUAGAUGUUCCAAAUCACAUGCAAGAACAUAAAAUAGGAGGAGGAAAAACCAAAAGAAGAGAUUCUAAAAAGAAAUCAGAAUCAGGAGAGGGUUUACAUCGCGAACAAAAUUUAUUAUCUGGUGGUAGAAUAUUGGAUAAUCAAGCAAAGUGGAGAAAACUUAAUUACAAAGGUGAUUCAGGUCAGUCUAUAAGAAAAGCUGAUGCACUAUUGACUGGAAAUGAUUUCAAUGCGGUGAAAAAAGUGGGGGAAAUUAGAAGAACGAGCGAUAGCGACAUUAAUAGAUCGGCUGUUGAAAAGAAUAAUACAUUGAAUGCCGUUGUUGCUUCGCGACUAACAGAAAUAAAUGGCAUUAAAAAAGAUUUAAUUAGCCAAGAGAAGAGAAGAAGAUUAAGUUUAAUGGACGAAAAAGAUCUACAUUUAGGAGAAUCUCAAGAUGCAGAGACUACGCACUUUAGUAAUCAGAAGACCAUUCCUGAAUGUUCUUCCGCUAAUACAGUUCCAAAUACAAAUACAAAUACAAAUACAAAAACUACUACUAAUUCAUCAUUUGAAAAUGAGAAUUCUGGAUUAGUACCUUCGAAUAUGCCUGCACAAAAUGAUUCAAGUUCACCUACCAAUCUUGAAAACAAAGUAUCUACUCACGUAGAGAUUACUGUAAAUAAAAAUGCACAGGCAUCUGUUGUAAAUAGGAUUAUAUCGGGGAAAAAUAAGGCCGAUAUAGAUAAUUCUAAAGCAAACUCUAACCUUACAGCAAAAAGUCAAACUAUCAGUCAAAAAUUGAAAAACCACAUGGUUUCAAAGAACGACACAAAUGCUGCACUUAAUAGGCAUAAUAAAGUAGAGCAUUUUGGUCACAAGAAAGUUAUUCAGAAUCAUAUAAAGCAGGUUGAUCGAGCGAUCGUAGAAAAUAAAGUGGAUAAUACACAGAGAAUUAGUUUAUUGAAAACUACGCAAAGUUCAGCAAUAGGAAACUCAGUGGACCAAGUUCCCAGAUCCCAAAGCGUUGAUGUACCUUCCAGCAAGCCCGCAUUACCGAUUGGAGAAAUAAAUGUGACGGAAGCAAAAGUUAAGCAAAAGUUGCUUGAAACAACAGCUCCGAUUGCGAUCGGGGUGGAUGCGAGCGUGGAAAGGGUUAGCAGUGGAGGAGGUGGUGAAGAUUCGGGUAUCGAGUCCAUGGAUGCUCUUUCAGAAAAGUCACCGAAUCAAGGGGAAUCUCCUUUGCACAGGCCAGCGACUGAACCGGUAACACAAAGCAGUGCAAAGACUGCUGUUCAAGGGGAAUCUUCCCUACCAAUCACCAAUAAGAACGUGCCUUCCUCAACUAGUAAUAGUGAUAUGUGUUCAAAUUCCCAUUCAGAACUUUUGAAGUCCAGUGGUCAGAAAAGGUUAAGUCCUGUGUCUGUCACAAAUUAUCUUGAAAACCAUUUAAACCAUAAUAUAUCAAAUUCUAGUGAACAUGACAUUAAAGAUGUAUCUAGUGAAAAGUCAACUUCAACGGCAUCGAGAACUGGUGGUCAUAGUGACAUGGUUGCUAGUUUAGAGGUGGCUGAUAACGAUAAAAGUGUAUCAAAUCCAUUAAUAACCGGAUCUGUGACUAUUGUGACUAGUACUUCUGUACCCAGUACUGUGGAUAGUGAUAAUUUAUUGCAAUGCGCACAGCAGCAAACAAAUGACUUUUCUGAGAAAGACAAUUGUAGCAUUAAAUUAGAAGGUUCUACCAAUCAGCAGCAUGAUCAGGGUAUAACGAAUGCAACACACCAAGUGUCGAGAAGCCCGGAAAGUGCAACUGAAGAUAAUAUAAAAACAGUCGUAGAUGAUAGUGCAAUUAGAUUAAACGAUGAACCUCAUGGACAAAAUAACAAUGGUGUGCCUGUAAUACAAAAUCAUGUUUCUUAUAAUAAAGUAAAGACAGAAAAGCUUGAUAAUACAGUUACAAGUGAGGCUAACGCGGCGACGGCGGCGGGGGCGACGGCGGCGGCAGCGGCAGCGGCAGCGGCAGCGGCAGCGGCAGAUAACUCAUGUUCCAGUAGUCAGAGUUUUAGUUCAGAAAUCAAAGUAGAAUCUAAUAUCAAUACAAAAGUUGACGAUACAAGGCAAAACGAUCGUACAGAUAACGCUAAAACUUCUAACAUUUCUUUGAACUCUUUAAACGCAACAUCCGUUAAGUUAGAGCAAUGUUCUGAUCAAAACCAAAAAUCUAAUGUACAAAGCCAUCACCAAGUAUCCGUUAGAGAGUCUUCUAUGAAUCUUCAGAAAGUUACAGACGAUCUGGUUAAGAAAAUUGUGAACGAUACAAGUGACGUAAACAUAGCUAUUCAAUCGCCUUUAGGUGAAGAUCCACAACCGAUCCGAAUCACCCCACCACUCUAUACGUAUUCUAAUCCAGUAGUACUGCAGAGGGACGAGACUCCAAGCCCGGCAGCACAAAAUCCGGAAGUCGAUUCCAGCGAUGUCGAACACGUGAAGAGAAAACGUAGAAGAAAACAGGAAUUAGAAGGAAGGCAGGAUGUAAUAUGUAUUGAAGAUAACGAUGAAACACAUUUUGUGGAAAGGUUGAAUUCUAACAACUCGGACGAUUACGUUAAACGACCACCAAAGUCAUUGCUGGAACAACUUUUGAUAGAAAUCCCGAAUGAUACUAAUGAGAAAAGAUCUUUAAGAACGAGAUCCCAGAAAUUAAAUAGUCCUGACAUUAUUGUAAAGACUCCAAAAAGUAGUCCUCAUGGUCCUAAUAAAUUAGAAGAGAGACGCAGUAUAUCACCAUAUGCUAAAGCAAGUCCAAAGUUAGGAGUGUCAAAAUUAUCUCCUAAUACGACAAUAAAAGUAGGGAAAAGGAAACGUCAAGAAAGCGAGAGUUCUGUAGCAUCUAGUACCGCUGAUGAUCCACAACCAAGACCGGGGAAAAGGAAAUGCUCUGAGAAUGCUGCAGAACUUAUUAAAGCUUGUAUAGGUGUAGAUGAAGCUGGUUCGUUAAAGAAACAACUACCUGCUAAAGAAGAACAGUCGAAAAAAGGAUUCAAUAUAUUGGCCAAGGCUAAGAAAGGUCCCAUUGUGGUAGAAGUAGAUUCGUCUGAUGAUGAGCCAUUGAUUGAAUCAGUAGGAAAAGCAAGAAUGCGAUUAUCAGACGAAACAUCAGCUGCAUCUCCAAAGUCUAAAGAUCAAAAAACAAAUACAAGCACAACUGUUUCUGGCAGUCAAAUUAAUUCCAGUAAUAUAUCAAAUUUCAAUGCCAGUAAUAGAGUGCAAAGAGAGAGCCGUUUAUUAACCACCAAGCAACCGAGUACAACCGCGAUAGUUACAGCCGGAAAGGAAAGGCUACGAGGUACUUCUGCAUCCAGUAAUGAAUCCUUAGGGGAAGUAACAACAAGAAGAUCUGUUCGGCAGAACACAGCUUCGCCAUUGGCAACACCAGCAAGCAAUACAAGGGGUGCGUCUAGAUCAACGGAAGAUAUUACUAGACGGAAAACUCGAAGUGGUGCUGUAACAGCUGAGGCAGCAGAGCAGGCAAAGCGGAGGCGAAUAUCCCGAGAAAACAAAUGACCUUCGGGAAGUGACCUUGACAGUGAUUAGCUACCGUCGCUCGUCAAGGCCUAUCCAACUGAUUGUGUAUCUGUUAUAAAUGGUUAUGUGAUUGCCGUGUGGCUGGACCCCACCUGGUGAAACUACAUGCGUCAAUAGCGCACAAUGCUGUUGUAUGUGUUACAGGAGUAUCGUCUUUGGAGUGCUGGAUGGUAUUUCAAUAUUUUUUUUUUUUUUCUUCUUUCUUUCUUUCUACUUCUUACUAUUACUAGUAAAAUCUUCUUAAUGUUCGAUAAUACCGACGAAAAUAUUUUAAAUAGAUUUACAGAUAUCAUUGCUAUAUUUUUAAAAGCAUUUAAAACUGUUCGUCGAUAAAGGAAAAAGAAUAAUAUCAUAAAAAUUGCAUUAUAAUGUUUUUGUCGCCGUCUAGCGUACUCGGUUAUACUUUACUCCUAAACAAAGUUUAGUUACUCAGAAUAAUCUGCUCAAUGCAUUAUACUUUAAUCUAAGUAACUGAACUGAUCCAAAACUGCCGAGUCAAUGUGCAACUUUCUUUUGCCAAGCUUUUACAAUCUUCUGUAUUUAAUUAUUGAAGACGAAAACAAAUCUAAAUGGACGUUGUUUAAAUAGCGAUGAGAAAAAUUUACACAUACAAAAUUUUCAGAUUGAAUACCUUAAUAUUAUUCUAUUUAGAUACUAAUUGCAAUAAGCAUUAACAAGUAAUUAUUUUUAAUCGAAAUCAAAAAUAAUGCAUGUAAGGAGAUACAUUUAUUAUUUGUCCAUUAAAGUUAUUAGUUAUCAUGGAAGGAAAGUUAAUAAUGGUAAAAGAAAGUCGAGAAAUUUUUAAUGCAUUAAAUAUGAAGUUUGACUGUGUACUGCCAUAAGAGUAAAUGUACGUUUUCAAGGACAAUUUUCAUUGACUGGUGGGGGCUUAAGUCGCUACUCUGACGAAUUCACUGAUAGACUUUGUUUAAAAGUGUUUAAUUAUUUGAUAUUCAUUUUAAUUCAUCUACAACACGAAAUCGUUGCGUAUAAAUAAUUAUUUGUAAAUGAAAAAGUAUUAUAAUUACAUACAUUCUUCGUCAUUAUACUAAAUAAUAUACUCUCCUUUAUGAACGCAAUUGAAAAUAUUAUUUGACUUGUACAUUUAGAAAAGUCUUUUAAAAAAUAUUUAUAGGACAAUCGUACUUUUCUAUAAAUUUAUACAGAGAUAAUCACGACUAUUGUAAGAAGUUUAUGUAUAGUUUAUGAUUUUAUGAAUUUAACAAAGAUUACGUGUAUUUACGUAUAUUUACUCCAGGAUCGCUAUUUUCUCUGUCUCAGUGAACAUAGUCUUUCAGUAGGAAGUUCGUCUUGAGUUAAAAUACUGCAAAAAGGCAGAGGUAUAGAGUUAUUAAAAAGGAUUUAUUUUAUUUAUGGAACAUAAACACAACGUUGGAAUAACUCAUGCAUAAAUAUAUGAAAAUAAUAAUAAUUAUAGAAAAAUGAUUAAUACAAUGUUAAUUUGAUAGGUAAUAUAUAAAUGAAUAUAUUUUGUAAAUAAUUUCUUGUAAAAAAUACAUAAAGCACCCCUCGUUGUAUAUAUAGAAGUUGUUCAAAUUUUUAUUAAAUUAGUGAUAAUUCAGAUUGUGCAACAUUGUCAUACUAUUAAUUAUUUUUUGUGAUCGUGCACUGAGAACAUUAUAAGCACCCUUUUGACAUCACUUAAAGUAUACAAGAAUAUGUAUACAUACGUAUAUAUAAUAUUAUAUAUGUAUGUAUGUGAUAUAUAUAUGAACUAUUGUUUUUUGUGAACAGAUAAUCUAGUUUUAUAUUGUAUAAAUGUAAAUUAUACAGUUGAGAGUUGGAAGUUCUAAAUGAACCUGUGAUAGCCAUCAUAGCAUUUUCUUAAUUGACAAUCUGCAUUUAAAAUAUCAUAAUAUUAAAAUGUCUAUUUAAUUUUUUCAUAAUUCUAUAUACGUUCCAUUAUUUUCAUUAAGAAAGACAUGCGUCUGCGAGUUUGAAUAUUUCAUAAAUGAUUUCCCCUUUAUCAUAAAUGAUUUUCAUAAAAUUGUAACAUAUUAAUGCUUCAUGAUUAACUAAACUUCACUCCAAAUUAGAAUUGCUUUAAUUUAAUAUUUUAAAAUUUUUAUUUCUUUCAAAGAAACUUCUUUGUUUCAUAUAUUUUAUUAUAAAUUCAUGUCGGUACUAUUUUCUCCGUGUCACGUAUUACAGCUUUGAUGGCUAUCAGGUAACAUAUUUAAAAAAAAUAUUUCUGUCAUAUGAAUGUUGAGUACUGAAUUUAAUAAUAUUUUAAAUAGAAAAGAUCUUUAACAAAUUUACAUCAUCUGGCUAAAGCCAUUGAUACUUUGGAUUAUAAUUUCGUUAAACCUUUUUUCUAUCUUUAAUAUUAAGUUAAAUUAUUUAGUUAGAACAUUUACUUGUUUAUCGAAAUUUGUUUUAAUAAACUUGAAUCAUAUAUUGUAAAUAAUAGCAUGCUUAUUUUACAUGGUGGGAAUUUAUGCUGUGUAUAUAUAUAAAACAUAUAAAGAAAUGGACAUCCGAAUGGCGUUCAAUUUGAUUCAGCCCUAUAUUGUAAUUGAACAGUGUAAUAAUGUAUAGUUAUUUAAUAACAGAAUUUAAGAACGAGCAGGAAAAACACUGUAAUUUCGAUGUAAAAUAUUCUCUUUGAAAUUAGGUAGAUAAGUUAGGGAUUAUUAUGUUACAAUUUUAUUAUUGAAUAUUACAUUUAUAUGAUUGUAUAGAUUAUAAACAAAAUAAGCUUUGUGUGUAAAUAUAAAUAUUUUAAAAAUAAGUACAUUUUUUGCAUUUUCACAUAAUUAAGGAGCUUUUAAAAGUUUGUCUGCCAUGUAAUCGCAUAUAGUACGUAUGUAUUAUAAUAAAAAUAUUAUAGAUACACCAAAGAUCACGCAAGUUGAUUGUAAUAUGUGACAAUUGUUGAUAUUCAACACAUUUAGAGAAAAAAAAAACAAAAAAAAAACACGUGGUGUAUUUGUGACGCUCAAUAAGUAAUUGGUGUUUAUAGUGUGCUUCAUAAACCAUUAAACAUAGCACCAUUUUUCGUGCAGACUAUAAUAAUUAUACCAAUUAAAAUGUUCACUUUUGUGCCCAUUUGUAUGUAUGUAUAAUAAGUGCAUUACAAGCUCCUUAAUUUUGUUUGCAAUGCUACGAAUAUUCUAACUUUGUAUAUGAACAUGCGUUUUAAAACCAUCAGCUCUAAGAUGAAAUUUGAUGACUUUAAAACCUGCUGUAUGCAAAAUAUUUGUAUUUUUAGUAUUUGGUUAAUUAAUAUAAAUAGCAGUAAAAGUAAAUAAUUGAUAAUGAUGCAAUUGAAUAUAUAUAUAUAUAUAUAUAUAUAAAUAAAAAAUUAGAUACAAUACUAUAUUUGUAGAAAACGAUUGAGCACGUGAAAAGAAAAAUUGCGCUAUGAUUAUAAAGAAAAUAUUACAAUUAUAUUAUUACCUAUUAUUACACAAAGUGGAUACACAAUAUAGUAAUUUGCUAAUUGUACCUUUUAAUAAUUACUGUAGACACAUUGAUGAAGGUUUUUUUCUUGUUAUUAAUUAUUACCAUAAACUUCAAAGAUAAUGAAAAAUGUGUUAUAAAAAAUGCAAUUGCUUAUUUUGUAUCAUACCCAGUUUCAUGAAUUACUUUGAUACUUCACAUUACUUAUUUGUCAAAUCAAAAUAAUUUUAUGAUUAUUUAUAACAUGAAAAUACAAUUUGUAGUUAUAUCAAGGUUUCUAGUUUUAAUUUUACAGUAUAUUUUUUUUAUAAAGUAGUAAACGAUAUUUUAUGAAUAGUUGAGAAUACAGUGUCUAGAAACGAAAGUUGAUACAUAAUAUUCAAGAUAGUUUUUCUAUGUAUCUUUAGAAGUACAUAAUUAUAUAAUAACAAAGUAAAUUUAUUUAAGGUACCCAUUAAUUCAAAUUCUUUCAAAAGAUUUUAAAGUUUUAACAUGUAAUCGAUCAAAGUAUUUUUGUUCUAGCAUUUGUAAUUAAUUUAUUAUAAUCUUUUAAAAUUUGUAGGUUUCAUAUAACUUAAAAUUCAUUUGCCACUUGCGUAUAGUAAUUUUAUUUAUGCAGUUUUUAAGCAAUAAUUACUUUCAACAGGGUAUAGUACAAGUAGCUAAUAACAUUCAUUAAGAUUAGGGUAAAUAAAAUUUAAAAUAAUUUUUCAUGAAAUUUGAAAAACUGCAAUUUCUAAGUCAUAUUGUAAAUUAGUAAUCUGUUCAUAAUUCCUUUACAGUAAAUGGAACUAUUUUAUUUCAUGUUAUUUUUACUGAAUACCAUGAAAUUAAGUGUAUGUAGGUAUUAUUUAUUUUUUCUUGUUGUUAAAUGUCAUUUUCUGGUAAUAAUUUUACAAAUAAUGGUUUUUAAUAUCCUAUGAAUAUUAUUUUUAGCUGAACAACAACUAACUGAAAAAUAUGUCUUGAAGAGCAUAUCUAAUAUGUCUAAACACUAAGUGUUUGAUCUCAAAAUAAUUAAAAUACUAUAAAUAAGGUACUCAUUAUUCGCUUGUUAUGGUUGAUAACUCUUGAUACAAUUUGAUAAAUAUUUGUUAAAUGUAGCUCAAUGGUUGGUUAGCAUAAUUAUUGUACAUUAUUAUUAAGUGAACUUAAAAUUACAUUUUUUAGAUUUGUAUUAUUCCUACAAAAUAUAUUGAUUUAUUUAUAUCAUAGACUUAUAAAUCAAUCAAUAAAA